AUGGGGACAGAACUUAUGAGAAUCUGUGUGAAAGAAGAAAGUGAUGAAUUACCAUCUGUUCCUCCUGGGUUUGAAUCAUAUGCAACUUUCACCUUAAAAAGGGUUGUCUCUGGUGGUAGUGGUGAUAAAAGCAAGACUCCUAUUGAAAGUGAACAAGCUAAGAUGGAAAUCGAAUCUGAUGAAGCGAAAGCUGCUCGGUCUCUACGGCGUAGACCCUGGAUAAAUUAUGGGGAAUGUGAAGACGAUGGUGCAAACAAUGUCAAUGCCGCGCCUCAAACUAGCGAUCAAAAUUGUGUUGUGAAGCCUUCUCUACCAAAGGGCGUGGUUCGAGGAUGUGAAGAAUGUAAAGACUGCCAGAAGGUAACAGCGAGAUGGCAUCCAGAUGAAGCUCGCAGGCCUGAUCUUGAAGACGCCCCUGUAUUCUACCCGAGCGAAGAGGAGUUUGAAGACACUCUGAAUUAUAUAGCUAAAAUAAGACCGCAGGCUGAAAAGUAUGGAAUUUGUCGCAUUGUUCCUCCUCCUUCCUGGAAACCCCCAUGCCCACUGAAAGAAAAGCAAGUAUGGGAGGGUUCUCAAUUUACGACGCGUGUCCAAAGAGUUGACAAACUUCAGAACAGGAGUUCAAUGAAGAAGAUUACAAAGCUUUCUAGUCAAACGAGAAGGAAGAAAAGAAAGUGCAUGAAAAUGGGAAUGGAUUCUGUCACUAAUAACAGGAGCGAUCCCUGUUCUGCAACCACCGAAAUGAGUGAACUUGAGACGUUUGGGUUUGAACCUGGUCCAGGGUUCACUCUAAAAGACUUCAAAAAAUAUGCUGAUGAGUUUAAGGCUCAGUACUUUAGAAAUAGUGAAACUUCUGUAGACAAUGAAUGUAAAGUUGGUAAUUCCAUAGACAGCUGGGAGCCAGCACUUGAGGAUAUUGAAGGUGAAUAUUGGCGGAUAGUAGAGAAAGCAACUGAAGAGAUAGAGGUGCUAUAUGGUGCCGACCUUGAAACCGGGGUAUUUGGUAGUGGAUUCCCCAAGAUAUCAUCAAGUCACGAUGCUUCUUCUUCAGACGAAAAAUAUGUAAAAUCAGGCUGGAACUUAAAUAACUUUCCAAGGCUUCCGGGAUCCCUCCUUACAUACGAGGGCGCUGAUAUUUCUGGUGUCCUUGUGCCGUGGCUGUAUAUUGGAAUGUGCUUUUCCUCUUUCUGUUGGCAUGUUGAAGAUCACCACUUGUAUUCGAUGAAUUAUAUGCACUGGGGCGCACCAAAAUUGUGGUAUGGUGUUGGAGGGAAGGAUGCUGUUAAACUCGAGGAUGCAAUGAGAAAGCAUUUGCCUGACCUUUUCGAAGAACAGCCUGAUUUGCUUCAUAAGCUCGUGACACAACUCUCCCCGUCAAAACUAAAGACCGCAGGAGUACCUGUGCACCGUUGUGUCCAGCAUGCUGGAGAGUUUGUCUUGACUUUUCCUCGGGCAUAUCAUGCUGGGUUUAAUAGUGGUUUCAACUGUGCCGAAGCUGUGAAUGUAGCACCGGUUGACUGGUUGCCUCAUGGGCAGAUUGCCAUAGAGUUAUAUUGUCAACAGGGUAGAAAAACGUCCAUCUCGCAUGAUAAGUUGUUGCUUGGGGCAGCAAGGGAAGUAGUGAAAGCUGACUGGGAGCUGAACUUACUAAAGAAAAAUACUAUAGAUAACUUAAGGUGGAAAGCAUUCAGUGGAAAGGAUGGAAUUUUGGCAAAAACACUUAAGGCACGCGUUGUCAUGGAACGUACAAGAAGGGAAUUUCUGUGCAACUCUUCACUUGCAUUGAAAAUGCACAGUAAUUUCGAUGCUACCAAUGAGAGAGAGUGUUGUAUAUGCUUCUUUGAUUUGCACCUUUCCGCUGCUGGUUGCCGAUGUUCCCCAGAGAAGUAUUCAUGUUUGACUCAUGUGAAGCAGUUGUGUUCAUGCUCAUGGGUUACCAAAUAUUUUUUAUUUCGCUAUGAUAUCGACGAACUGAAUGUUCUUGUUGAGGCAGUGGAAGGAAAAUUGAGUUCUGUAUAUAGAUGGGCGCGUCAAGAUUUAGGAUUGGCAUUAAGUGCACAUGUCUCAGGAAGCAAGAUGGAAAUGGAUGAGGAAGAAAAAGUUCAGAAGGACCCGAGUCCACAAGUAGCUGCACUUUCAGGGAAAGAUUUGCAGCUGAAAGUAACAUCGAGGGGAGAUCUUAGUAAAGGGUUAGAAAAGACGAGUAAAUUAUCAAACGUUAAUCUAGUUCUGAUAGACAAGGCGGAGCAAUUAACACCAAGCCAUUGUAUGAAGCCUGUCAAAGAAGAAACUGUUUCUUCUGAUCCAAAAGUUUCAGUUUGCCAACCAUCUGAAGGAGGCAUGCACUCUGUGACAGCUGCUAAGUCUACAAGUGGUAAAACGAAUUCACAGAGUCUACCCAAUGAUGUGAUACUCCUCAGUGAUGAUGAGCAUGGCAUACCUAGGAAACAAAGUUCUGUGAGAAGAUAUGCAAUUUCUUCGGGCAAGCAUUUGGAACUACAAGAGAGACCAACCCACGUUUUAGCGUUAGAAGCUCCUGGUAAAAAAACUGCCCGAAUUUGCGAAAGGGAAGGAGGUUCUUUGCCUGCUACACAAAAGACUAAAUCAUUGCCUACUAAUGACCAAAGAGCAAUGGGAGGGAUUGUACCGAGUUCUGUGUCGCAUGGGAAAGUUAGUACCGAGGCUGAUGGGCUUGCUCAGGAUAUAUCUAACAGAAUAGACUCUAACAACCACGGCGGUGGAAAACCUACUAGCUGUAAAUCCAAAAACUCUGGAGGUUUGGUUAUAUUGGAUGUGGUUGAUGGGGCAAGAAGUAAUUCAGGUACACCAUCUUGUUCGCAAAAUAAUAGUCCGGAUAGGUUCAUCCGCCAGAAGGGUCCCCGUAUUGCAAAGGUUGUGAGGAGAAUUAAUUGCAAUGUAGAGCCUUUAACUUAUGGAUCUGUGCUAUCUGGAAAAUCAUGGUGCAACAGCCGAGCUAUUUUUCCUAAAGGAUUUCGUAGCCGGGUUAAGUACAUGAACAUUUUGGAUCCAACAAACAUGUGCUUCUACAUUUCAGAAAUUUUGGAUGCUGGACGCAACAGUCCCUUGUUCAUGGUUUACUUGGAGGGUAAUCCCAGUGAGGUGUUCGUUCACUUGUCACCUACAAGAUGCUGGGAGAUGGUUAGAGAUAGAGUAAAUCAAGAGAUAAGUAAACAGCACAAAGCAGGAAAAUCGGACCUUCCUCCUUUGCAGCCCUCUGGGAGUCCCGACGGUUUUGAAAUGUUUGGAUAUUCGUCACCCGCAAUUGUACAGGCUAUCGAAGCAUUAGACGUGAAUAGAGUCUGCACAGAAUAUUGGGAUUCCCGACCUUACUCCAGGCCACAAGUUCAGUUCCCUGCAAAUCCUCUUCCCAGAGAAGCCAAUACAAUCCAGACCGGACACCGUCUAUUGCCUGCUGGAACAAACUCUAUUCUCAAAGUUCUGUUCAAGAAAGCUAACAUGGAGGAACUAAGCUCACUUCAACAGGUUUUAAGUGAGUCCAACACAGAUUUGGUGACUAAACUUGUGAAAGAAGAGAUCCAGAACCGCCGCUGA